AUGGUUUUCUGGUGUCCUGGUGUCUGGGAACAGGGGUAUUACAACGGUAAGGCGUGCGAACCGUGUAUAAAGAAAUACUUAAGUUUUAGUAAAGAGAAAAGGUCUUAUAGAGAAGUACUUAGGCUUAAUAAGUUUAAAAUUAUAUUAUAUAGUAUAGAAUUAAAUAUACUACUUCCUACUAUUAAAAAUUCUCCUUUUUUCUUUAUAAAAUUAUUUAUCUAUAUAUUCCUAGCUAUAAUACCUUUAUUAACCUACUUAUUAGUAAGUAUUAGCCUUAAGAAUAACUUUAAAAGGGUUAGCUUUAAAUACUACCUAGUAGUAAAGAAUAUUAUAAUAAUCUUUAAUAAAGAAAAAAAUAGUAUUACUAAGAGCCUAAAAAUCUUAGCUAAAACCUUAAUCUUUAAGUUAAUUACUAUACUAGCCUAUACCUUAUUUAUAACCGUGGGAAUCUUAACCGAAAACGGCAGCGGCGGCUUCAUCUCAGACCUCACCUUUAAUAGCGGCAAUAUUAUCAAGGGCGGCUCCAUCGCGUUCAACAUCUCUAGUUCCGGUGGCCUGACAGGCCAGGGCAUUAAAAGCGUGUCCAUCAUCGACUCAGAAAUAACCAACGUCGAGGUCAGCGUCCUAACCAACAGCGCGGCGACGGCGCCGAACAUUAUCCUCAACAACACCAAGUUUACCAGCGCCACAGGCAAACAGUACAACGGCGACAAGGGCUCGACUAAGACAGGCAACGUCAAGGCGCCCGCGCGCAGCAAGGGCCUUAAUAAUGAAAACGGCAAGCUCUACGUGCGCUCUCGUCCACAGUACAAGAAGAAGUCCACAGGUGACUUCCUAAUUACGACAACAGAUAGCAGGUGCAAGAAUAACGCCAGCGGCAAUCAGGCCGGGUGCCUCAACCGCUUCCUAAGCCGUGCAGUAGAGGGUGGAAAGAUUGCCUACUUCCCCGCCAACGUCUAUACAGUCGGCUCGACAGUCUACAUCCCAGUCGGCUCAAUUCAGGGAUCGGGCUUCUUUUUUAGCGACAUUACAAAGCCCAAGGUCAUAGUACAGGUAGGUAAAAAGGGCGAUGAUUCCCACUUCCACAUCGGCGGCGCUCUCGGCACCGACCUUAACAUAGCCACGUGCCCGCGCUUCAGCAACAAAGCCGCUAAUCACGACAACGACCAGAGCAUCGUCAACCAGCCCAACUCGUCCAUCACACAAAUCUCCAUAUUUGCCGCGCGCAGCACGCUCAUUGAGUCAAAAGUGGCGCCACGAGCGUCUACAGGCCACAUCCAGACCGAGGCGCCAUACUACCAGCUAAACCCCAGGCCCCCUAAUCCCUUCCACGCCGGCGCCCACUUCCCUAACAAUCCCGACUUUAGCGGCUACGAAGUUGCCGCCGUCUAG